GUCGCUCAAGCCGUUAGGCCCAAACAUGAUGAAAUGGUCUAUUUUUGCUAACCCGGAUUAUUUUUGGGCGGUACCUCCCCGGACGUUGCCGGCUGGCGUACACGAACACUUGGCGUGAAUUCCUUGGUUCAGUACCGCUAUCACUUAUGCACGCGUCGUUGGUCGUACGGGGAGGCAGGUCAGCCUGGAAAGGCCCAUUCUUUGUCGCGUUUCCCAAUCUUCGCGAGGCUAUUCAAAAUAAUGUGCCAAUAAAGACACAGGCUCGGGAUUGCACUAUUCUUCCUAACUUCAUCGGAAUGAGGUUCCAGGUGCACAACGGCAAGGAAUACAUCCCAGUAACCGUUACGCAGGAUAUGGUGGGCCACAAGUUGGGAGAGUUCUCGCAUACGAAGAAACGGUUUACAUACAAGAUGUCAAAGAACAAAUAGGCCCUUCUUUGCGCCACAUACUCUCAUCGUUCACACUUGUACCUAUGUUAUCAUCUGCUAUUCGAGACUUACUGUCUUUCCCGCCCUCUAUCUCGCGUUUCACCGGCUUACUACAGUAUCACAAUGCCGAUACUCAAACAAAUCUUGCACAUAGCUAGGUCUUCGACCGUGAUGGAUGUGUGGCCCGACCUGCUUCCGUUGGCUCCGUCGUUCAUCUCCUUAUAAAAUCCAUUACCCUGGCGUCGGUUUGUUUAAAUAGAGCGGUAUGGCAUUGGAUC